AUGGAAAUUUUGAAUGUGGCUUUAUUAAGUAAAUGGAAAUGGCGUAUUCUUAUGGAUAAAGAAGCGGUGUGGCGAGAUAUUUUAGAAGAGCGAUAUGGUAAUAUUAAGCUUAAGGUUUUGGUUGGAGACUUAUCGGUGGUGAAAAAAAAAGAUUCAAUUUGGUGGAGAGAUUUGCUCACAUCGGAUAACUUUGAAAAUCUUCUUUUGGACAAUUUUUCAAGUGCUAUUCAAGUUAAGGUGAGUAAUGGGGAUUCCACUCCUCUUUGGUAUGCAGAUUGGUUUGGGAAGCAUUCUCUCAUGAAAGGCUUUCCUAGUUUGUUUGCUAUGGCCGACAACCAUUUGCAAGCCAUUUCUUCAGCAGGUGCUCACAUUCAGGAUUGCUGGAAGUGGAAUUUUAUCUCUCUGUUCGAGUCUGGCAGCAAAGCAUAUGAAACAGCUGCGGUUUUUUUUUGCUCAGGUUUGGACUUUGCUGUUUCUAUUUCUGCUGGAACAGGGGCGGUUUUGCGGGCUGUUCAGGAAAUGGAGGGUUCUUCUCGGGCAGCGGCGGAUGAUGACAGUAGCAAGGUGCAGCGAACCUUGCUGGAUUUUUGCGCGACUCUCAACAGCAACCCUCUUUUAAAGGAAGAGGAUGAUACGUUCAUAUGGAGGUUGAAUUUGAAAGGUUGUUUCUCGGUUAAUUCUUGUUACGUUUUCUUCAAAGGAAAGCUAUCAAGUCCGCUGAUGAAUAUUGACAAGGCUGGGGCCCUUGCUAAUAUUUGGAACAUAAAAGUGCCAUCCAAAAUUCUGUUUUUUUGUUGGAGAUUCAUCCACAAUAGAAUUGCUACUAAAGACAAUUUAGUGAGUCGGGGUAUUUUAAAUGAAGAAGGAGACUCUUUUUGUGUUUUGUGUGAUUCGGAGGAGGAAACACUCAUGCAUCUCUUUUCGGAAUGUGAAAUGACGCUUAGCAUUUGGCGUAGAGUUUUUAUGUGGCUUGGAGUUGGGGAGUUUUUAUCUUUUGAGGAAUUCUUAGAGUUCUUUUACAAUUGUGCUAAGAUCGGCUGUCCUUCAAAAAGAGCCAUGGUGGCGGUGGUUUGGUUGGCAACUAUUUGGACUGUGUGGCUUAAGCGUAACGCUAUCAUUUUUAGAGAUGAGUUCUUUAGUUUCAUAGAGUCUAUGUCGAAGAUAGUAUUCGUGUCUUGGAGUUGGCUUAAUUCUUUUUACAAAAAGUUACCGUUAUGUAAUUUCUAUGGUUGGAACAUCCAACCUCUUUUAUGCUUUGUAGUGUAA